AUGCUUGUCAAGAGUCUUCUUCUUGCCAUCUCGGCUGCCACGCUGGCCCUCGCUGGGAGCCCAGUAGAAAACGGCAACUGGGUCGAGGACCACCCCAGCUUCAGCACACAGCAGUGCGAAGGCGGCAAAGUCAGUGGCGACACCUUUUCCAUCCCCAAAAGCCCCAACGGCAGCGGAGGAGGCGCCGGCUGCUCCAAUGGCCAUCUUCGCGCCGAACGCCGAUACAAGGACGACUACUCUUCGGGCACACACCAGUUCGGCGGCACGUUCCGGAUCAAUUCCAUGUCGGGCAAUCGAAUUUCCAUCAAGCAAACUUUCAACGGAGACUCUGGCCCUUAUUUCAUCAUGGCCGUGGAGCAAGGCGGUCGCCUUUACAGCGUCGAGGGCGGCAAGACGAUUGCCGACGGUGUGGCCACGGUCGGUGCUAGCGUCCGCAUUAACACGGUGCACAAUGCCGACUUGAAGCGCUUCAGCGUUUACGUGAAUGGCAAGGAGAUGUUCCGUGAUGACAACGCUCCUGGAGGCAGCUUCUAUGACAAACUUGGAGCUUACACUACCAACAGCGGAAGUGGCGAUCUUAGCAUCACGUGGUCGGAUGUCCAGCUUUGGCACCGGGAAUAG